AUGAAAAGAAAAAUAGAACCUGAUAAGGAUGAUGAUGAGCAAAGGCGAAAACAGUCCUUACGGGAAAGAACAGUGGGUUUUAAUGUCCAGGAUAGUGGUUUAACUACUCAAGAUGAUGGUUUUCCACAAAGACUUUUGACUUUUACUUGGGCAGAUAAAAACAGCAGUGAGAUUAAACUGCCUUCCUAUGAAAAUAAAGAACUUGAGGCAAGAUUUGAGAAGCCCCACUAUUUGAACAGUCGUUACAUCUGCAAUCUUCUGAACUCACCCAAUGCAAAAGUUGUUUCAAUGCAUUCCAAUGCUUACGCCUCAGUUAGUAUCAAUGUAAAAGGACGUCUUCUGUUUUAUGCUAUUUGUCAGCUAUACCGUUGUAGGAUAAUGCUUUUUUCCACAAGAUCAAAAGCCAUAAUAAUCCAUCCUUCCAAUACCGACCAAUCGGACCAGAUACCUUGCUUUUAUAUCUUGCAGCACAAGGAUUCUUAUAUUCAUGAGACCACCUACUUCUUUCUCAAAUCUACCAAGACACCUGUGCCCGACCCAACAGGAUUGCAAAAACUAGAUGAAAUGAUUGUUAAUCUGCUAAAAGAAGAAGUUCAAUCUAUGUAUGAUAAGAAGUGGGGGCAAUUUCUUAUCAAGAACAGUAAUACCGCGAGUAGUAGCAGUGGUGAAAGUUCUUUGUUAAAUCGAUUUGGCGCAGCAUUAUCCACGAAACAGCUUCCUACUGGAGUAGUGCCACUUAUAAAACAGAAAAUUGAGCUUAUGCUACAUAACAAUGAAGUUGAAGGUAUGUCUGGAGGCGAUAUACCAAAAUCGGCCAUGUGGCUAUACAACAAGAUUCAACAUUUUAAAGAGCAAAAUUUGAUCAAUAUUCAUGAUUUGGCCAAUAAUUUCUUGGAAAGAGUUGAACACAACACCAAUAAUAAUGUUAAUAAUCAAUCAUCCAGCAGAAAUAUCAGUGAUCAAGAAAACACUGAAGAAAAAGUAAUGAUCAAAGCAGCCAAUACUGAAGAAGAAAAGAAAAAAAAAAGACACGGGUUACAGAACAGUGGGAAAAACACUCAAGUCAUUGGACAAGACAAUUCGGCCACUACCUAUGAUAUUUUUAAAUUGGAUGACAUUGAUUUUAAUAAUCAAAACAUUGGAAAAGCUGAACAAGAUAUUGCUCUUUUGUCAAAUAUAACUUUAAAAUCACUGGAAGAAGCAGAUUUGUUUUCAUAUGCCGGUUUUUGGACAAUAAUGUCAAAAUAUGCAAUCAAUGCCAAUAUGAAUGAGGCCGAUGCUUUCAAUUUCACUACUACACCUGCUCUUGCUAGCGCUUGUAAACAAUUCCACACAAAUUUUGAGAACAUGUGGUCAAACGAAUUCUACAAGCAAGAUCUAAGAGUGGUGGUGACUUUGCUGCUUAGAAUAAAUCUUGCAAAGAAGCGGUUUUUCGGCUCUAGAAAAAAGCACAAUAGGGAUACUAAAAAAGUCUCAAAGGCUAAAGGAACCAAGUUGAGCAAGGGGCUUUUAAAACAAAAAAUGGAAACUCUCUUUAAAGUACUUAUAAAGUAUCAAAGGGGUAAAGACAGAAAACUUCCGUGCAUAACGAGAUUCAUCAAGGCCAUUUUUGAUUCGACAUAUUACGUUAUUAACAAAACCACUGGCAGCGAUCCGGAAGAUGAAGGUGUGGAAAAACGGUUUGUUUGACACGGAAAAAUAAAAGAUAAAAAAACAGGAAGAAUAAGAUUAAUAUUGCUUGU